CGAAGCUGAACUAAGUGUUUGCCACCCACUUCAAGUAACGUACCAACGGUAUCUCUUCAGACUAGAUCUGGCUGAACACUUGCUUUAGGCACUGACAGUUCCCGCGACAUCUUGAGACACAUUCUCGAGACACACUCUUGAGAUCUCCAGACGACCCUAUGAAAUCGCUCGAAAAGAUCAGGCUUCCCUCAUUUUCCCUCAUUUUCUUCAUUUUUUGCACGCCUGUCGCUGCCUCGCUCCUUGAUACUCUUUCACUCGACCCUGAAACCUCCUAUAAGAGCUACCUUGUCGCAUUAUCUGCUAGCUCGCUCCUCUACAUCGCCUACAAACUCGCCCAGCCUCUCUACACCAAUAAGCUCCAUUCCGGUUUCCGCCUCAGAGAAAGACUUAUGAGCUACCUUGAUAGAAACACCGGCCGGGCGCGCUUUCAGAGAAGGUCGCGCGGCUUGGCCUACGACGGUAGAGCCGAGACCAUCGCCGCCAGCAGCGCCGCCAUGGCCACGGGCGGUGCCAUUGGCGGCUUGCACAACAGCAGCAACCAAUGCUUUAUGAACUCUGUUUUGCAGAGCAUGGCAUCAUCUGUUGAAUUGAACAAGUUCCUCGACUCCUACAUCGAAGCUGACGACAAGUACGCCACGCUAUUCUCCUUCAAGUUGAAGAACUUGUUGGGAGCAUUGAACGGCAACUACGAACAGCGUUCGCGCACCUUCACGACCGAUGGCUUACUUGAAGUCAUGAAGGACGCUCCCAGAACAAACUAUAUGGGCCAUCAAGACCAGGAGGACGCCCAGGAGUUCUACCAGAAUGUGAUGAAAAACGUGGAAAAAGAAUUCAAAAAGACCGGUAAAAGUGAAAAGAAGAGCGAUGAAAAAUAUGUCGCUGCAUCUCCAGACCAUCUCACAAGCAUUGAGAACCUCUCUGCCUUGGGCUGUGUGGCGAUUCCAGCGCGCCAGGUGGAUCCCAACUUGCCGACAGACGACUCCCGCGUGUUUGAGUUGGAGCUUGUAACCCCCGUAGACGGUGUUUCUGCCGAGCGAAUCGGGUGUUUAUCCUGCGGGGAAAUGGGUGGGGUAAGAUACCGCGUGAUCAGCGGAGUUUCCCUCAACCUCCCUCAGCCAAAGGCUUCUAAUACAUACUACGGACGCGUGGCGAUCGGUGAGAAGUACGACUUGGAGCCGUUGUUGAAGGAGUGGACGAAGCCUGAAAUAAUGGAAGGCGUCACGUGCAACCGCUGUGCCAUGAACCAGUGCAAGGACGGGGCCUUAGCAUUCUUGGAAUCGGGAAACCGCCCCGAGGUGCUCCAAGCCAAGUUCCGUGAGAGAGUGGCGCAGAUUGACGCCGAAUUGGCCAAGAGUGUGGUGGAUGAUGAGGUGUACGAGAAGUUCAAGAACUCUAGCACUGUGGAUAAGGUCAAGAAGUCGAAGCAGAUCUUCUUCAGCAGGCCGCCGCCGGUUUUGAACAUCCACAUUAACCGCUCAUACUACGACCCGAGAACCUACUCGUUGAGAAAGAACGACGCCACGGUGACAGUUCCGUUGAGGCUCAGCUUGGAUCCAUUUGUGGCGGUUCCGGAAGACAUCAACAUGGACGCCAGAUUGCCGUUCAGAAAGCAGGAUGUGGGCAGGGUUCCAUCGCCGGAGGAACAGGCCGCACAGUCUAUUGAGCCGGAGGUUGUGGAGGAGCCUGAGAGCGCGGAAGAAAGCGAGGAAGAAUCUGAGAUUGAGGUUGAAUCUGAGGUUGAAUUCGAUACUGAGGCCGAGGUUAAAUCUGACAUUGAGGCCGAGGCAUCUGAGGCUGAAACUCCAGCUGAGCAACCCCCAAUUGACUCUGAUUCAGAAUCCCCUGCUGUUGAGUCUGAGGAUACCGAGUCAGUUAAGGCGGUGUCACAGGUUCCGGACGGUCCGUUGACCUACCACCUCAAGUCGAUUGUUAUCCACUCCGGUUUGCACAACUACGGCCAUUACGUCUGUUACAGACACUACAGAGGCACCUGGUGGUACAUCUCCGAUGACGACGUGUUCGUGGUCACGGAGGACCAUUUGCGCAAUAUUAAAGGGGUCUUCAUGGUGUUCUACGAAAUUACCCCAAACCCGGAGCCGGAAAUUGUUGCUGUCCCGACAGAGGAGUCAGAGUCCGAUGGGGAGAAGGAAGGACUGAGUGACGAAGCCGCCGCAUCCAACGCCGAAGAUGUGGUGGUUGCCACGGCGACCGCUAAUUUGUAGAUCAAUAAACGC